CUCUGAAGUAGGAGAGGCGAGUGAGUGUUGCGACUUCUGGAUCCGAAUACCUUUAGUGACAAGGAUAAUACAGUUUACAUUAAAUAAAUCUUCAGGGAAUACUUAAACAUGCCUGGUCCUGCUGCAAGUGCUACAAGUGUCGGCGGCUCUGGUCGCUCUCCCAGCAAAGCAGUAGCCCCGAGAGCUGCAGGCUCCACAGUCAGACAGAGGAAAGCCACCAGCAGUGGCACGAGGAGCGCGGGGCGCGGGGCUACUUCCGCCGGCACCGGGGGCAUGUGGCGCUUCUACACCGAGGACUCGCCCGGGCUGAAAGUGGGCCCUGUUCCGGUGCUGGUCAUGAGUCUCCUCUUCAUUGCAUCAGUUUUCAUGCUGCACAUCUGGGGGAAAUACACUCGCUCAUAAACGAGCACCCUCUCCACCUGGCUUCUUAACUCACCAGACCCGGACCAAAACCUUUCUGUAGUCCUAACUCGCCGACUGGAAAAACCAGUGUCACUUUUCGCAAAUGAGCUUAAAGCGGAGUAAUGAACACUACCACCAUGAACACUUCAUGCUUGCGAGAAGGUUUAUUGGAAUGAUUUGUUUUUAUUUAAAGGCUUCCCUGCAAUAUUAAUUUAGUUUCUCUCACUUUUUGUCCACAGAAAUUCAAUAUUUGUGGACAUCAUCUGUACAAACUAUGUAUUUCUAUACAAUAAACAUUUCUUCCUAA